AUGGCUCUGGAGGUCCGAUUUAUUGUGAAUGGGAAUCCUAAUACACCAUUAAAUAAUGAAACUACAAAUCCAUUAAUCAAUCAAUUGAGCCAACUUGGAGGUUGGCCAACGUAUUCCACCACGAAUGCAUCUUCAUACAUCAUUAUUUCAAAUACAGUAUCAGGAAAUAGUAGUGCAACAAUUCAAUUAGCAACCAGUAGCUAUCAUUCACCAACAUGCGCUGCAUGGGAUGUCAUUGUUGCUGAUCUAAACAUCACCAAAUUAUGUAACACCGGUUACACAGGAUCUGAUUGCACAAAAACAAAUAGCGCUAUAUUCAGUACCCUUUCAUUUUUUAGGCUCAACCUAAUAUUGAUUCUUAUGUAUUUUGCAUCAUCUUAA